CUUUUCCCUGACGUCGUCGUCAGUCGGCGGAAACUCUAGUGGCGAACAACACACGUUCACAAUUCUGGUGCCCCUCGCUACGAUGCUCCACUGUUAGCAACAUUUGGAUAUUAUUAUUUUUUCUUCAGCAACUUCAGGCGAUGAUUUAUUAUUCUCUACACUGACGUUGCACCCGAUGCAGUAUGACUGUUGACAACACAAACGGGUCGGCAGGCAAAGUUUCACCGAGGCCCUUGAAGGUGACCGCCGUCGGAGAUGGCAUGGUGGGCAAAACGUGCCUGCUCAUCACCUACACCGCCAAGAAAUUCCCAAACGACUAUGUGCCCACUGUGUUCGACAAUUACGCGGACAACAUUGAAGUGGACGGCCAGGAGUACAACAUGACUCUGUGGGACACGGCCGGCCAGGAGGACUACGAGAGGCUGCGGCCGCUCUCUUACCCCAAUACGGAUUGCUUCCUAUUGUGCUACUCUCUCGGCAGUCGCAGUUCGUUCGAGAAUAUCGCAACAAAGUGGUAUCCAGAAAUUAGACACCACUGUCCUCAAGUGCCCAUUGUUCUAGUUGGUACGAAAGUGGAUCUUCGAAGUGACCCGACUCAGGGCACAGACGCGGCGGUUGUGUCAGUGCAGGAGGGGCGCAGACUGUGCAAGCGAAUCAAGGCAGUGUGCGUUGUCGAGUGUUCAGCCAAGAGCGGCGAAAACCUCACGUCAGUCUUCGAAUCUGCGGUGCGCGCGGCGACCAAGUCCAAGCCCAACAAACAGUCUUCCUGCGCCUUGCUUUGAUUCAUUUUUAGUCAAUGGACUCUGCAAAUAAUAUGUAUUAAUUGUGUUUCAUGUAAAGAAAUUGAGUGCCACAUCCAAAGUAUCGAACGACAAUCAGAAAAUCAAAAUGAACUGUUUUUAUUCCUAAACGUCUCUUUAAUUAUUUUACAUUAAGUUUGAGUCUUGGUCGAAAUUUUGCACAUUUUGUAAUUGUUUUGGUAGAAAAAAGAAUACUGUUAACGAUUAUCUAUAGCUUAAUAAACUACUUGACUUGAA